CUCUUCUGUUGAAAUCACAGAUUCAGUGGUUGUGACCCCCGUUGUGACCUCCCCUAAUAUAAUGUCAGAUUCAGUAAUUGUGACCUCCCCUAAUAUAAUAUCAGAUUCAGAGGUUGAGACCUUUUCUGUUGUAAUCUCAGACUCGCUGGUGGUCACCUCCUCUCGUGUAAUCACAGAAGCAGUGGUCGUGACGUCCCUUUUUGUAAUCUCAGACUCGCUGGCUGUCGUCUCCUCUCGUGUAAUCACAAAGUCAGGGGUCGUGGCGUCCACUUUUGUAAUCUCAGACUCGUUGGUUGUCGCCUCCUCUCGUGUAAUCACAAAGUCAGGGGUCGUGGCGUCCACUUUUGUAAUCUCAGACUCACUGGUUGUCGCCUCCUCUCGUGUAAUCACAAAGGCAGGGGUCGUGGCGCCCCUUUUUGUAAUCUCAGACUCGUUGGUUGUCGCCUCCUCUCGUGUAAUCACAAAGUCAGGGGUCGUGGCGUCCACUUUUGUAAUCUCGGACUCACUGGUUGUCGCCUCCUCUAGUGUAAUCACAAAGGCAGGGGUCGUGACGUCCCUUUUUGUAAUCUCAGACUCGCUGGCUGUCGUCUCCUCUCGUGUAAUCACAAAGUCAGGGGUCGUGGCGUCCACUUUUGUAAUCUCAGACUCACUGGUUGUCGCCUCCUCUCGUGUAAUCACAAAGGCAGGGGUCGUGACGUCCACUUUUGUAAUCUCAGACUCACUGGUUGUCGCCUCCUCUCGUGUAAUCACAAAGUCAGGGGUCGUGGCGUCCACUUUUGUAAUCUCAGACUCACUGGUUGUCGCCUUCUCUCGUGUAAUCACAAAGGCAGGGGUCGUGGCGUCCACUUUUGUAAUCUCAGACUCGCUGGUUCCCACCUUCUCUGCUAAAAUAACAGAUGAGAUUGAGUGUAUUUAUAAGAAUAGUGGAAAAUAGUGAAUAUUACUUUUAGUAUAUAUUGUCUGAGCUUUCUAAUGAGCAGUAUUAUACACAAUUUGAGA